AUGUCGUCGACGAAGGAAGAAGGCGAUCCCCCGAGCGAUGUACCCGCUCCCUUGUCUUUAACUUACCACACGGACAUUGAACUCGUUCGAGAUUUCAAGAUUUGUCGUGGCAAUAUCACCAGCUCAAGCACAAUGGAAAGUCGUCGAAUUCUGUUUUACAAUCUUCCCCCGUCCAUUACCGCCCUGCAGGUUGCGCGUGCCGCAGCUGCUUUUGGCCAAGUACUGCUAGUCAACGCGGUGGCACCCGUGGUCCGAGGCACGAACAACGGCAGCAUGACAAUGCUCGUGGAAUUUGCAACAUCCGAGUCAUCAGAAAUGUGUCGCCUGGCUGUCAACUCUACAUGUCCAAUAUUCCUCUCGGGGGCGGGAGAGCUGUACGCUGCCGGCGUCUGGGUUGUACCCACCCCGUCGUUUCCCAUUUGCUGCAACACCGACAAUUCUCUGAACCGCGGAUAUACACGCACAGUGGCUAUUUCUCCCAUUUCAGUGAACUGCGUUUGGUUUAUAAUUCACGCAGUCGCAGCGCCGCAGGACAUCUUGGCCGCUGAAUACGAUGCCGCAACUGAGACCUUGACAAUGGAGUUUGCGAGCGUCGGAGUUGCGCACCGUACAUCGCUACACAUGAACAACAAUCUCUUUGACUUUAUCUUUGAGGGCAGAGCGGCUGCAAAGCGACUCGGAUCACGCGAGGAUCGCGUUGGCUACGGCGGCUAUGUAGCUUACGUGCCUCCCGAUUACCUGCAGCAGCAGUUCGAUCGUUCGCCGUUCAACGAAUAUUGGCCAGAGAGGUAUUACUACGUCAUGACGCAGCGCAACCUGCAUCCUCGCACCAACCACAAGAAACGGAACAUUUCGGCAUCUGAUGCGACGACCACGGAUGAUGACUCAUUCGAGACUACGUCAAGCGUUGGAACAAGCUUGGAUGAGGAACCCCGCGAGAGACCUCUUCGAACAAGACAUACGCCGAGUUCUAAGAAACAGAAGCAAGCACCGGAAGAGCUCCUCGUAGAACUCGAAUAUUCUAAAUUGUCUGGAAGCUGGGAAUCGUUUUUCGAAAAUCGCCACACCAUUAGUCUGCGGGGAUGGGAUGAAUACGGAAAAAUUGCGCGUCACCGGAGGGAGCUCACUUCCGAGCAAGGCUUGGUGGACGGCAUCGUGCCGAAAUGCGAUGGAAAAUGCGAACUGAAAUGCAAAGGAAUCAAGGAGACGCCGCCUCCUGAUAACGUGGACAGAUUCCCGGCACAGCUACAUGAUGAUCUGCUCAUCAAUGUAUGA